AUGUGCGAGGCGGAGGAGGGAGGCUGCGGCGGGGAGCGGCCGGCGGCGAGGGCGCCGCGAGGAGGCUACCCACUGAAGUGCAUGAAGUGCAAAGAGGGACAUCCAGUGUUGAUCAUCCGUGUUGGAGAUGCUUUCUGCAGGGCCUGUUUCAAGGAUUACUUCGUCCACAAGUUCCGUGCCACGCUUGGAAAGAAUCGCUGCAUUUUCCCUGGAGAGAAGGUUCUCCUUGCGUUUUCAGGCGGACCCACCUCCAGUGCAAUGGUGCGACAAGUCCAAGAGGGCCUGAGUCGGGAAGCAGCCAAGAAACUCCGCUUCAAGCCGGGCAUCAUCUUCAUUGACGAAGGCGCCGUGUGUGGACAGGAUCUGGAGAAGAGACGAGAGGUCUGCAAUCAGGUGGAGACGAUCCUGAGAGCCACAGGGUUUCCCUUUCAUCUGGUGCACCUGGAGGAGGUAUUUGACCUUCCCGACUCCAUCUUGCGCUCCAUUUCCCACAAUGCCACAGAGGACGGCCAGAGCUACAAGGAGGCGGUGGAUGGGUUCAUACGGCGGCAGCAGCAGAGCGAAAGGACUGGGGACUCCCUGCUGGGCCAGCUUUGUGAGCUUAGUGUACAACCCCCUCCUGGGAAGGAGGCAGCACAGCUCCCAGGGCCUCCGCCCGUUUCACACACCGCAGAGCUGACCCGCCUAUUUAAAGCGGUGAAGACGCUGACUGCCAGGGAGGAACUCCUGCAGACUCUCCGGAACCACCUGAUCCUCCACGUGGCCCGGACACACAGCUACACCAAGGUGAUGAUGGGGGACAGCUGCACCCGGGUGGCUGUCAAGCUGCUGACCAACCUCUGCCUGGGCCGGGGGGCCUUCCUUGCAGGAGACACGGGCUUUUCAGACAGGCGCCAUGGCGACGUGUUAGUGUUGCGCCCCAUGCGGGAGUAUUCUGCCAAAGAGAUCGCCUUCUAUAACCGCCUCUUUGGGGUGCCAGCCGUCUUCACACCCUCGCUGGAUACCAAAGCCCCUGACCGAGCCAGUAUUCACCGCUUGAUUGAGAGCUUCCUCUACAAGCUGCAGACGGAGUUCCCCUCGACCAUCAGCACGGUCUACCGGACAGGCGAGAAACUCGGGACGACCCCUCGAGACGCUGAUGCAGGUGAAGACGCAGAACCGGAGCGCUGCCUCUUAUGCCUCUGUUGCCUGGAUACCAAUGUUGUCGACGGCUCCUCCUUGCAAUCCACGCUGCUGUCUGAGGAGCUCUGCCGGAAGCCGCCGCCAUCUGCUGGAAGCGGUUGCUGCGGGGGGGCCGCAGACCAGACAGGCUGCUGCAGGAGCUCUCCCACGGUGGGAGCUAAGCCAACCCAGAUCUCCUUUCUUCCGCUGCUGUGCUACAGCUGCCGGCUGACUGUCAAAGACAUGACCUGCCUGGAGCCUCUCCCGCCGUAUGUCCACUCUGAGGCUGAGCGCCGGCAGCGCAGGGCUGCGAUGAAGCAGGAGAUCCAAGAGUUUCUUCUCGAGGACGACGAGGACCUUCCUGUGAGCUGACAGCCCAAGCCGAGGCCCGGCUGUGCUGGGAGAAGACGGCAGCUUUGGCCCUUCCCUUUCUCUCUUCACGACUUUUCUGGCACAAAUAAAUUAUUUUUAAUCCUGGA